CCUGGGGCUCAACGGGUUUGAUAACAGGAAAAUCGGUUUUUUUUUAAUAAAAUAGAAAUAUUGUAAAAAAAAAGGAUGAGAUUAAGUGGAUUAUAUUUGUGAUUAUUGAGAACUAUUAAAGUCAGGGAUACGCAGCCCCCUACUCAGUCAGCUGAGCAUGUUUAUGAUUGAUUUCAUUCGUCGAUAUAAAUAAACCUACGUUACUGUGAAUAAAACUUCCGAUUAUAUUUGACACGCACCACAAAACCAACAGAAACAGCCGUCAACUCACUAUCAGUGUUUCCAUUCAAGGAAAGUUAACUCCGACUGUGUUCUUGCAAGGGAGACAACCCAUGCUAAUCAAUAAUAAAAUACAAUUUUUUAUCCCAACCUUUUCAUCUGUCGCCAGUGAAAGGCAGAGCACGCCAUUAAUUCGCCUGGGAUUCCAGAAAAGGAAAUGCCGUUAAUAAACCCAAGGUUAACAAACUGACGGUGAAUAGGAAGAUUUUUUUUAUGCCUUACGGUGAAGAGGAACAUUUUCUGCCAGUAUAUAUAAAAAAAUAUUUUUCUGCAUACGCUUGAUAGAUUAUUGUAUGGCGUUGUCUUCUGAAUAGAAAAUUUGCCUUAAGCAAGUGUUUUGUUUGUAUUAAAAGGAAUAUUGAUUUAGAAACAUCAACGAAGAACAUAACAAAAUCAAAACAACUUCAGUUUAGAUUUGUAGAAAUCGUCUAUAAAAUGCAUAUACUUUUUUUCCGCCGUGCUUACUGUAAACUUGCUAUUAGUUAAUCAACAGCACUUUAAAUAAAAAGUGUUAUGCGAUUUCUGUUAUUGACUGGAUUACAUCACAUGCUAGAACGGCUGUGCAUCUGUGAUUUCGGCUAGGAUAAAUUUUUCAGCAGUCUAGUCAAUCUUUUACACCGCUUUUAUACCAACACCAUCACUGAAAAUUGAACAAGUUUUGUGGAUAAAGACGGGAUAAUAACAGAAGAACUGACGUUGUUGUCAUCGAAUUCUGUGUGGAGGUAGCAGUGUCCUUGACAUUAGUGACAUGGAAAACCCGAUGUUCCAAAGGAGGUCAGGUCGCCUCGACCCCAACCAGUACAAAUGUGUGGUGGUGGGGGAUGGCGGGGUGGGGAAGACCAGCAUGCUGCUACGCUACGUCCAGGGGGAUUUCUUGACGGAGUACUCACCUACACACUUCGACAGCUUCACAGUUGCCAUGGCAUUAGGAAACGAAUGGGCGCCAUGUUCCAUGACCCUCAUAGACACGGCUGGCCAGGAAACCUAUGAUCGCCUGCGCGCGUUGACCUACUCCGAAACGGAUGUCUUCAUCGUCUGUUUCUCCGUCGCCUGCCCGGAUUCGUUUAUCAACAUCCGGUCCAGAUGGAUCCCUGAGCUCCGCGAGUUCAAACCCAAAUGUCCCAUCAUCCUCGUCGGCACUCAGACCGACCUCCGGGACCGAAUCAUCAGCGAGACCUCGGUCUCCUCAAACUCCUCCAGCCAAUCGGUGUCGUUCGUCUCCAACAAAGAAGGAAAACGAUUGGCUAACAAGGUGAAAGCCCGGAUGUAUGCCGAGUGCUCGGCGCUGACGGGCGAGGGGUUGGACAAAAUUUUUUACCAAGCGCUUAUGACGGCGGCGAUACCACGGAGGAAAGAUAAUAUCUGGCAUCGAAUGAAAAGAUUGUUUAGCGGGUAAUGGAUUAAAAAAAAAAGAACAGACGAUUCAUUAACUGCAACGUCAGGGUUAAAUCUUUAUGUACAUUUAAGUGUACAAUAGCCCUGUGCUUACACAAGCCCCUAAAAUACACAUUCACGGUUUCACGGUUUUUGAAGUAGCUUCUAAAGCCGUGAAAGGAAAAACUGUUGAAGCCGGGUUGCCGGUGAAGUUACUUCUUACAUUCCAAAAAGUUGUAUCUUUUUUUUUACACGUUGAUCACGUGAUAUAAGUCACCGUCAACACACCAUUGAGUCAGCGUUAACACACCACUGAGUCACCGUCAACACACCACUGACACCGUCAACACACCAAUGUGUCAACGUCAACACAUCAUUGACUCAGCGUCAAAAACAUCAUUGAGUCAGCGUCAAUACACCACUGAGUCUGUGACAACACACUACUGAGACACCAUCACCACACCACUGAGUCAACGUCAACACACCUCUGAGUCAGCGUCAGCACACCACUGAGUUAGCGUCAACACAUGAGUCACCGUCAACACACCUCGGAGUCACCCACAAUCCACCGCAUCGCUCGCUGUUUUUCCAUUGGCGACAACAUCGUGUGCGGUCUAGGCAGAAGAUUGUAUUUCUGAAACAAAUAGCGUUCACUGGUUUACUUACCUCAUUUGGUCGCUCAGUUUUCGCAAGUUUGGGAUACCAGAGCUAUACCUGCUUGUACCGCUAUCCCCAGCGCGAAAUCUUACCCUAGUCUUAAUUACGAUCCUAACCUUAACCGCCAAUACAAAAGUAAAUAACCAAACAUACAGAAACAACAGUACACAGUAUGUUACAGUAUUGCCCAGACUGCGAUAAUAUGAUGUUACGGUCUAAGCCAAGGCUAAAAUAGACUGAGAUUAAGUCUUCAAGUAUUAACUGCUGUGGUUUAGAUUAAGUUAAACACACUCUUAAACAUAACCAUCCUGAUUAUCUAACUUGUAUGUAUAAUUAAUUCUGAUUUAAUGUUUUGUUGUAUAAAGGUGAUGAAAAAAACUGUUUUGAUUUGUUAGUUUACUCCUACAUAACGAGUGUAAGUCGACAUACACAUUCAUGUCUGACGAAGUAGAAUGUUUUUCUAACCUAACGUCAUGGUAGACUGGUGAAAGGAACUGUGAUGUUCAAUGGGGCAUUUGAAGCCGAGCUCACCCGGAAUUGUGAAUUGAUAGAGUGGUCAAUUCUAUGCUCAGCCGCUCUUGCAUUUAAGUUAGAUGCCCCGGAAUCGAACUCGACAUUUUGACUCAAUCAGGUAUGGGACGGAGUGGUCUAGCGGUAGAGAGCUGGACCCGUAAGUCUCGAGUUCGAAUCCGGGUUCAAGUCAGUAAACCGUCCUUGAGUCCACCCAACUCUAAUGGGUACCUAACUCACGUUAGGGAAAGUAAAGGCGGCUGGGCAUAGUGCUGACCACACUAUCUCUUCAUAUGCCGAGGUCACAGAAACAGGUGAACUCUACUUCACAUACCCCAUAGACCGUCAGGUUUGAAAGGGAAACUUUUUUUUACUCAACCAGGCACUCCCGGAUGGGACGAUUCAUACCGGCCAAACAAAGCCGAUUAUCUGAAGUGGGGUUAUAAAGGGAGAUAAAAACGUACGGAUGUUGUUUUUCGUGUUGUUUCUAGAUAUCCGUAAUUUGAGAAACGACCAAGCCAUAGUCAUAUUUUUAACACAACCGAUUUUAUUAGAUGUUGAUCAAUAGGUUCAAUACAUUAAUGACAUUCUGAUAUCUAGUUUGUUGUUUUUUAUGCGGAAACAAAUGCCACCCUUCGCACCUGGAGAUAAAUUAGCACGCCGACAAAUAUUAUUAAUAUCGGGACCAAACCAAUGUCAAUCUUCCGCCCCAAUACUUUUUUCAAAUUGGCCAAGUGCUUUUAGUAUAAUUAGUCACUUAACAUGUCGUACCACCCAAUUGAGUCGGGUGUUAUCCGGUGCCCCCCCACUCUCUCCAUUGUA